AUGACAGCCCUAUAGGAACAAAUCACAUUAUAAGAACCAUCUAAAUAUAAUCAAGAAGAAUAAAUAGGAUCUGGAAAUACUAAUACUUAAUUAAAAAAUCAAAAAGAAGAAUCAUAAUAUUUUUAUAGAUUAUUAAUUACGCAAUUAAUAAUAAUAUUUAUUUCAACAUUUUUACUUAGUAAUAAAUGGUUCUUCUAUAUGAAAUAUACUCCUAAAAGUAAAGUAAAUUUUCAUACUUAUUGUGAAACAUAUGGAAGAUGUUAAUAAACGUAUGAAUAUCCAAACUAAUACAAUAAUCAAUAAGAUAUUUUGAAUAAUGGUGGUUCCCAAGAAAACACAGUUUAUACAAACUUAUAUUACUGUUCUUUUAUCAUGUAUCCUUUAUUUUUAAUUUUACAAUCAGUAUUUAGAAAUUAUUAAUUAUUUGUAAGUUUUAUCUUUUAUCAUUUUAGAAAAAAAGAUAGAGACUUUUUCACUAUUUAUCAUAUCCAUUAAUGAGUCUAUUCAUAUAAGUUUGUACUCACCAAAUCUCAUAAACAAGAUGUAUAAAAUAUUAAAUUAUCUUAGGGUAUAUCGGUUUUGAUUAUUUUAGAUUAUUACUAAUAUAUCUAAUUGGUAAUGUUUCAUUUUUUUAUUUGAAUCAAAAAUAUUUUAAAUGGUAACUUGAAAUCAAAUCUACAGCAUAAAAGUUUCUGAAUUACUCCAUAAUCAUUAUUAGUCUAAAAGGAAUACUGGAUUUUAUCUCUUUUAAUAGUUCUAAUUAUAUACCACAUUUGUUAUUAGCUUUUUAUAUAUAAGUAUAUUUAUUACAUCUUAAUAAAAACUUAUUCGAAGUAAAAGAUUUAAUUAACAUUAGUAAAACAAUAAAUAUAUUAUUCAUAAUUAAUCACUUUUGUGUUUGACAAUAAAUAGGCUAAAAUCACUAUUUGAUGUUUAAGAUGUCUAUAAAUAAGUAGCUGAGACUCAUUUUGUUAUUUCAAGUAAGAUGAUGAAGAAUGGAAUUAUUGGAAUUAUUAUUGCUUUAAUUUUAAGAGAUUUCCUCUUUAGUAAUUUUACUCUUUUUGUUCUAAGUGGAUUCUUAUUAAUCUUAGUAUGGGAUACAUCACUUGUGUCUACAGUAAAUAUUCAUUUUAUAUUCUUAGUCAUCAAAACUUACUUUAAAAGAUCAAUAUUAGGCAGCCAGUUUAUUCUUUUUAGAUAUCCUAAUACCAAUCAGAAAUAUAAUCCUAGUACUUCUUGCUUGA